AUGGGCCGCCCCCCCGCCGCCCGCGGGCCGCCGCCGCCGCUGCUGCUGUCGCUGCUGCUGCCGCUGCUGCCGCCGCUGGGGAGCGCCGCCGCCGCGGAGCCGCGCCAGGUGUUCCGGGUGCUGGAGGAGCAGCCGGCCGGCACUUGGGUGGGCACCAUCGCCACCCGGCCCGGCUUCACUUACCGCCUGAGCGAGCACCACGAGCUCUUCGCCAUCAACGCCACCUCGGGCGCCCUGCACACCCGCGCCACCAUCGACCGCGAGAGCCUGGCCAGCGACGUGGUGGACCUGGUGGUGCUCUCCAGCCAGCCCACCUACCCCAGCGAGGUGCGCGUCCUGGUGCUCGACCUCAACGACAACGCGCCCGUCUUCCCCGACCCCUCCAUCGUGGUGACUUUCAAGGAGGACACGGGCAGCGGGCGCCAGCUCAUCCUGGACACUGCCACCGACGCCGACAGUGGCACCAAUGGCGUGGACCAUGGCUCCUAUCGGAUCGUGGCCGGCAACGAGGAGGGCCGAUUCCGCCUGAACAUCACCCUCAACCCCAGCGGUGAGGGCGCUUUCCUGCACCUGGUUUCCCGCGGAGGGCUGGACCGGGAGGCCACCCCCACGUACCAGCUGUUGGUGCAGGUGGAGGACAAGGGCGAGCCCCGUCGGCGAGGAUACCUUCAGGUCAAUGUCACCGUCCAGGAUAUCAAUGACAACCCGCCCAUCUUCAGCCAGACGCUUUACCAGGCUCGAGUGCCUGAGGACGCGCCCGUCGGGGCCAGCGUCCUCCAGGUGACCGCGGCCGAUGCCGACGAGGGCACCAACGCUGACAUCCGCUACCGCCUGGAAGGAGGCGAUGGCAGCGGUGCUGGGGACGGGGCUGGCAGCCUUCCCUUCGAGGUGGACCCCGAGAGCGGGGUGAUCCGCAUCCGCGAGCGCCUGGACUACGAGGUGCGGCAGCAGUACUCGCUGACCGUGCAGGCCAUGGACCGCGGAGUGCCGGCGCUGAGCGGCCGGGCCGAGGCCCUCAUCCGCCUGCUCGACGUCAACGACAACGAGCCCCGGGUGAAGUUCCGCUACUUCCCGGCCACCUCCCGGUUCGCCUCCGUGGAUGAGAAUGCGGCCCCUGGCACGGUGGUGGCCCUGCUGACGGUGAGCGACGCCGACUCUCCGGCGGCCAACGGGAACAUCUCCGUGUCCAUCCUGGCGGGAAACGAGCAGCGGCACUUCGAGGUGCACAGCAGCAAGGUACCCAACCUCAGCCUCAUCAAGGUGGCGGCCGCGCUGGACCGGGAGCGCAUCCCGGCCUACAACCUUACCGUGGCGGUGGCGGAUAACUACGGGGCCCCACCGCCACCUCCAGGCUCCCCCACUUCUGUCUUCUCCCCCGAGGGAGCGGUGGCAGCUCCCGUGAGCCGCUCCUCGGUGGCCAGCCUGGUGAUCUUUGUAAAUGACAUCAACGACCACCCGCCCGUCUUCGGGCAGUCGGUGUACAGCGUGAACAUCAGCGAGGACGUGCCCGCGGGCAGCUACGUGCGAGGCCUCAGCGCCACGGACCGGGACUCGGGCCUGAAUGCCAACCUCAAGUACAGCAUCGUCUCGGGCAACGAGCUGGGCUGGUUCUGCAUCAGCGAGCACAGCGGGCUGGUCACCACGGCCGUCCCCGAGGGCACGUCCAGCUCCAGCAGGCUGGACCGCGAGACUGCUUCUCAGGUGGUGCUCAACAUCAGCGCCCGUGACCAGGGUGUGCAGCCCAAGUUCUCCUACGCGCAGCUGGUGGUGACCGUCCUGGAUGUCAAUGACAACAAGCCUCGCUUCGGUCAGCCUGAGGGUUACCAGGUGGCCCUGGCUGAAAACUCCCUGUCAGGAACUGAGCUGCUUGUCCUGAGUGCCACUGAUGGGGACCUGGGGGACAAUGGGACUGUCCGCUUCUCCCUGCAAGAAGCCGAGCCGGUGCUGGCAGCAGUUGGCCCCUCCUCUGUGACCCCUCGCCACAUGUUUCGUCUGGACCCGGUUUCAGGCAAGCUCAGCACCGUCUCACAGCUGGACCGGGAGGAGCAGUCUCACUUCUCCUUGCAGGUCUUGGCCACUGAUUUGGGCUCUCCUCCCCUUUCUUCGGUGGCCCGAGUUAACGUGACGAUCCUGGAUGUGAAUGACAAUAGCCCCGUGUUUUACCCCAUUCAGUAUUUUGCCCAUAUCCAGGAAAACGAGCCAGCUGGAACCUAUGUGACCACCGUGUCUGCCACGGACCCCGAUCUGGGCCCCAAUGGGACAGUCAAGUACAGCAUCUCAGCUGGAGAUACCUCCAGGUUUCAGGUCCAUGGGCAGACAGGAGUCAUCACAACAAAAAAAGCCCUGGACAGGGAGGAGAAAACUGCUUACCAGUUGCAGAUUGUGGCCACUGAUGGUGGCCAUCUUCAGUCUCAGAACCAAGCCAUUGUCACCAUCACUGUCUUGGACACACAGGACAACCCCCCUGUUUUCAGCCAGGGCACAUACAGUUUUGUUGUCUUUGAAAACGUUGCCCUGGGUUACCACGUGGGUACUGUCUUUGCUUCCACCAUGGACCUCAACACCAACAUCAGUUACCUGAUUACCACGGGUGACCAGAGGGGCGUGUUUGCCAUCAACAGGGUGACGGGGCAGAUCACCACAGCCAGUAUCAUUGACAGGGAGGAGCAGGCAUUUUACCAGCUGAAGGUGGUUGCCAGGGGUGGGGCGAUAACUGGCGAUGCCGUGGUCAAUAUAACUGUCAAAGACUUAAAUGACAAUUCCCCACACUUCGUUCAAGUGGUGGAAAGUGUAAAUGUUGUUGAGAACUGGAAAGCUGGGCAUACCAUAUUCCAGGCCAAAGCUCUUGAUCCUGAUGAAGGUGUUAAUGGCAUGGUCCUUUACAGCCUGAAGCAAAAUCCAAAGGGCUUGUUCUCAAUCAAUGAGCAAACUGGUGCUAUAAGCUUAACGGGGCCGCUUGACAUAAAUGCUGGGUCUUACCAGGUUGAAAUCCUGGCCUCGGAUAUGGGGGUGCCUCAGCUGUCCUCCUCCUUUAUCCUGACUGUCUCUGUCCAUGAUGUAAAUGAUAACCCGCCUGUGUUUGACCAGCUUUCCUAUGAAAUUACUAUUUUGGAGUCAGAGCCUGUGAAUUCCAGGUUCUUUAAGGUACAGGCUUCUGACAAAGACUCGGGAGUGAAUGGUGAAAUAGCUUACAGUAUAAUUGAAGGAAAUGCUGGGGAUGCCUUUGGCAUAUUCCCAGAUGGCCAGCUGUAUAUAAAAAGUGAACUGGACCGUGAGCUUCAGGAAAGAUAUGUUUUACUGGUCGUUGCCUCUGAUAGAGCAGUAGAACCACUCAAUGCUACUGUGAACGUUACUGUGAUUCUGGAGGAUGUAAAUGAUAACAGGCCCCUGUUCAACAGUACCAACUAUGUGUUUUAUUUUGAAGAGGAACAGAGAGGUGGGUCAUACGUGGGUAAAAUAAAUGCUGUAGAUAAAGACUUUGGGCCGAACGGUGAGGUCAGGUAUUCAUUUGAGCAUAUGCAGCCAGAUUUUGAGCUGAACACAGUAACUGGGGAAAUCAGGAGCACUCAUCAGUUUGACAGAGAAGCUCUCAUGAGGCAGAGGGGAGCUGCAGUGUUUAGCCUUACAGUAAUAGCCACAGAUCAGGGGUUGCCAAAGCCUCUGAAAGAUCAGGCAACUGUACAGAUCUACAUGAAAGACAUCAAUGAUAACGCACCCAAGUUUUUGAAAGAUCUUUACCAAGCCACUAUAUCAGAAUUGGCAGCAAAUCUGACACAGGUGCUGCGAGUUUCUGCCUCAGAUGUUGAUGAAGGGGUUAAUGGGUUGAUUCAGUAUUCUGUAAUCAAGGGAAAUGAAGAAAAUCAGUUUGUAAUAGACAGCAGCACAGGCCAAGUGACCUUAGUAGGCAGACUAGAUUACGAGGCUACUGCAUCAUAUUCCCUUGUCAUCCAAGCAGUAGACUCAGGAGCCGUUCCCCUAAGUUCAACUUGCAUGUUGAGCAUUGAUGUGUUGGAUGAAAAUGACAACAGCCCUUCCUUCCCUAAAUCAACCCUGUUAGUGGAUGUCUUGGAAAAUAUGAGGGUUGGUGAGCUUGUGUCAUCUAUCACUGCCACUGAUUCUGAUUCAGGCAACAACGCUGACCUCCACUACAGCAUUACAGGCACAAACAAUCACGGGACCUUUAGCAUCAGUCCCAACACCGGGAGUAUUUUCCUUGCCAAGAAACUGGACUUUGAGACACAAUCUCUGUAUAAGCUGAACAUAACGGCAAAAGACCAAGGGAGGCCCCCGCGAUCCUCUACCAUGUCAGUGGUCAUACACAUCAGGGAUUUCAAUGAUAAUCCUCCUCAUUUUCCUCCGGGAGACAUCUUUAAGUCAAUUGUCGAGAACGUUCCUGUGGGCAGCUCUGUCAUUUCCGUGACUGCUCACGAUCCGGACGCGGAUAUUAACGGGCAGCUAACGUAUGCCAUCAUCCAGCAGAUGCCGAGGGGGAAUCACUUCCGUAUCGACGAGGUGAGAGGGACAAUAUUUACCAACGCUGAGAUCGACCGGGAGUUUGCCAAUCUCUUUGAGCUGACGGUCAAAGCCACAGAUCAGGCCGUUCCCGUGGAGUCCAGGCGCUUUGCCCUCAAGAACGUGACCAUCCUGGUGACGGAUCAGAACGACAACGUGCCCGUGUUUGUGUCGCAGAACGCCCUUGCAGCCGACCCCUCGGUGGUGAUCGGCUCCAUCCUGACCACCAUUAUCGCUGCGGAUCCCGACGAGGGUGCCAACGGGGAGGUGGAGUAUGAGAUAGUCAAUGGAGACACCGAAACCUUCAUCGUGGACCGCUACAGCGGGGAUCUGAGAGUGGCCUCAGCCUUGGUGCCUUCUCAGCUCAUCUACAACCUCAUUGUUUCUGCCACCGACCUGGGCCCCGAGAGGAGAAAAUCCACCACUGAGAUGACUAUAAUCCUGCAGGGGGUUGAUGGGCCUGUUUUCACUCAGCCCAAAUACAUCACCAUCCUGAAGGAGGGCGAGCCCAUCGGGACGAACGUGAUCUCCCUGGAGGCGGCGAGCCCGCGGGGCGCGGAGGCGCAGGUGGAAUAUUACAUUGUGUCUGUUCGCUGCGAGGACAGGAGCCUGGGGCGGCUCUUCACCAUCGGGCGCCACACCGGCGUCAUCCAGACCGCUGCCAUCCUGGACAGGGAGCAGGGAGCACGCCUCUACCUGGUGGAUGUUUAUGCCAUUGAGAAGUCGUCUCUUCUGCCCCGCACGCAGCGAGCAGAGGUGGAAAUAACACUUCAGGAUAUCAAUGACAACCCACCAGUAUUCCCCACAGACAUGCUUGACCUGACUGUAGAGGAGAACAUAGGGGAUGGAUCUAAAAUCCUGCAGCUAACAGCCAUGGAUGCUGAUGAGGGAGCCAAUGCCCUGGUGACGUACACCAUCAUCAGCGGUGCAGACGACAGCUUCCACAUUGACCCCGAGUCGGGCGAGCUGGUGGCCACGCGGCGCCUGGACCGCGAGCGCCGCUCCAAGUACUCGCUGCUGGUGCGCGCCGACGACGGCCUGCAGUCCUCGGACGUGAGGAUCAACAUCACCGUCAGCGACGUCAACGACCACAUCCCCAAGUUCUCCAAGCCUGUCUACUCCUUUGACAUCCCAGAAGAUGCCGCUCCAGGGUCCUUGGUGGCAGCCAUCCUUGCCACCGACGACGACUCGGGCAUCAACGGGGAGAUCACAUACACCAUCAGCGAGGAUGAUGAGGAGGGAAUCUUCUUCCUGAAUCCCGUCACCGGGGUCUUCAACCUCACCCGGGCCCUGGACUACGAAGCACAGCAGUACUACAUCCUCACCGUGCGUGCUGAGGAUGGGGGCGGCCAGUCCACCGCCAUCAGGGUGUACUUCAACAUCCUGGACGUCAACGACAACCCGCCCGUGUUUGGCAUGGCCUCCUACAGCACCUCCCUGAUGGAGAACCUUCCGCCCGGGUCUGCCAUCCUCAACUUCAGCGUCACCGACGCCGAUGACGGUCCCAACUCCCAGCUGUCCUUCAGCAUCGCGUCCGGGGACAGCGCGGGGCAGUUCAGCAUCGACAGCCGCGGGGUGCUGAGCAUCCGGCAGCCCCUGGACCGGGAGAGCCAGUCCUUCUACAGCCUCGUGGUGCAGGUCCACGACAUGGCCCCCCUGCCAGCCUCCAGGUACACCAGCACGGCCCAGGUGUCCAUCAUCCUGCUGGACGUGAACGACAGCCCGCCGAGCUUCACCUCGCCCCGGCUGACCUACGUGCCCGAGAACACGCCCAUAGACACGGUGGUGUUCAGAGCGCAGGCCACGGACCCCGACAGCGGUCCCAACAGCUACAUCGAGUACAGCCUGCUCCCGCCCCCAGGAAACAAGUUCAGCAUCGGCACCAUCGAUGGCGAGGUGAGGCUCACCGGGGAGCUCGACAGAGAGGCUGUGGCCAACUACACCUUGACCGUGGUAGCCACAGACAAGGGCCAGCCGUCGCUUUCUUCGUCUGCGGAUGUGGUGGUCAUCGUCCUGGACAUCAAUGACAACAACCCGCUCUUUGCCCAGAAGCUUUACAAGGUGGAGGUGGCAGAAAAUACCUUGACAGGGACGGAUUUAAUCCAGGUGUUGGCUGCUGACGGAGAUGAGGGGACAAACGGGCAGGUCCGCUACGCCAUCGUGGGCGGGGAUGCCAGCAAUGAGUUCCGGAUCGAUUCUGUGACGGGGGUGAUCACUGUGGCCAAGCCUUUGGACAGAGAGAAGAAGCCCUCCUACACGCUGACCGUUCAGUCGUCUGACCGUGGGAGCAGCCCCAGGACUGAUACUACCACAGUCAGUAUUGUCCUGAAGGAUGUCAAUGAUUUCAUUCCCACCUUUGAGCUUUCCCCCUACUCUGUGAACGUCCCCGAGAAUUUAGAGACGCUCCCAAAAGUUAUCCUUCAGGUUGUGGCGAGGGAUGACGACCAGGGGCUGAACAGCAGGCUGAGCUACGUGCUGGUGGCUGGCAAUGAGGAGGGAGCCUUCACGCUGUCGGGCAGCGGAGAGCUGCGCCUGGAGCGCAGCCUGGACCGCGAGGCCAAGGAGCAGUACCUGCUGCUGGUCACGGCUGCUGAUGCAGGAUCUCCUGCCCUCACUGGCACUGGAACCAUCGCUGUCACAGUGGAUGAUGUCAAUGACAACGUCCCCACGUUUGCCUUUAAUACGUAUUUUGCCACUGUUCCGGAGGAUGCUCCCACGGGGACAGAUAUUUUGCUGGUAAACUCCUCAGAUGCCGAUGCUUCUACAAAUGCUGUUAUUAGCUACAGGCUUAGGGGCGGCAAUUCCCAAUUCACCAUCAACCCUUCCACGGGCCAGAUCAUCACCAGCGCUCUCCUGGACCGGGAGGCGAGGCAGAACUACACCCUGGUGGUGGUGGCCAGCGACGGGGGCUUCCCCAGGGCUCUGUCCAGCUCCGCCAGCGUGCUGGUGGCCGUGGCUGACGUGAACGACAACCCGCCCAGGUUCCAGCACCACCCCUACGUCACCCACGUGCCGUCGCCCACCGCUUCAGGCUCAUUCGUGUUUGCGGUGACUGUCACCGACGCAGAUGCCGGCUCCAACGCCGAGCUCCAUUAUUCCCUUGUGGGGAAGAACUCUGAGAAGUUCCACAUUGAUCCAGCAAGGGGGGCAAUCCUGGCUGCAAAACCACUGGCGGGAGAGUCCGAAGUCACCAUUUCUGUUCACGUGAGAGAUGGCGGCCGGUACCCCAAGACAGACUCUACCACUGUCACCGUGAGGUUUGUGGACAAAGCCCAAUUUCCUCGCGUUCAGGCAGAGCAGGAGACCUUCACGUUCCCUGAAAACCAAGCGGUCGGGACACUUGUCACCACCAUCUCUGGGUCUUCAGCCAGAGGAGGCUCCUUGUCCUACUACAUUGCCAGUGGUAACGUGGGCAGCACCUUCCUGGUGGACCAGGUGACGGGACAGCUUUCUGUCGGGCGGGCUUUAGAUUUCGAGGCCGUGCAGAAGUACGUGGUGUGGAUUGAGGCCAGGGACAACGGCUUUCCCCCCUUUUCCUCCUACAAGAAAUUAGAAGUAUCGGUGAUUGACGUCAACGACAAUGUGCCGGAGUUUGAGCAAGAUCCCUUCAUUGCAGAAAUAGCAGAGAACCUGUCCCCACGGAAGAUACUGACUGUGGCUGCUGUUGACAGGGACAGUGGUCUGAAUGGACAGCUCAAUUAUGAAAUAAUUGAGGGCAAUACUGAAAACAGUUUCAGUAUCAAUCGAGCCACUGGUGAGAUCAGAAGCGUCCGGCCCUUGGACAGGGAGAAACUGUCUCAGUACACGCUAACCAUAAAAGCUUCAGAUAAAGGCACUCCGCUCCAGAGCACGACUGUCAAAGUUAUCAUUAAUAUUUUAGAUGAAAAUGACAAUGCUCCGAGGUUUUCACAGAUUUUCAGUGCUUCUGUGCCUGAAAAUGCUCCUCUGGGUUUUACAGUAACACGAGUCACAACAUCAGAUGAGGACAUCGGGGUGAAUGCAGUCAGCAGGUACUCCAUAAGGGAUACGAGUCUCCCGUUUGCCAUAAAUCCCAGCACUGGGGACAUCACCAUCAGCAGACCACUGAACAGGGAGGACACCGACCGCUACAGGAUCAGGGUCUCUGCACAUGACUCGGGGUGGACGGUGAGCACAGAUGUCACCAUAUUUGUCACAGAUGUCAAUGACAAUGCCCCACGAUUUACAAAACCAUCCUAUUACCUGGAGUGUCCCGAGCUUCCUGGGAUUGGGCUAAAGGUCACCCAGGUUUCAGCCACCGAUCCAGAUGAAGGGUCCAAUGGUCAAGUCUUCUACUUCAUAAAAUCCCAGUCCGAGUUUUUCCGCAUUAACGCAACCACGGGAGAGAUUUUCAACAAGCAGUACUUAAGGUACCAAAACUCCAGCGGUUCCAGCAAUGUCAACAUCAACAGGCACAGCUUCAUAGUGACAUCGUCAGACCGGGGCAGUCCCCCGUUGGUGAGUGAGACCACCGUCACCAUAAACGUGGUAGACAGCAAUGACAACGCACCGCUCUUCCUCGCCCCUAAAUAUUUCACUCCUGUCACUAAGAAUGUGAAGGUUGGCACAAAUUUGAUUAAAGUUACUGCGGUGGAUGACAAGGACUUUGGCUUGAAUUCUGAAGUGGAGUACUUCAUCUCUGAUGAGAGCAAAACUAAUAAAUUCAGACUGGACAGGAGUACAGGCUGGAUUUCUGUGUCAUCUUCACUAAUGGCUGAUUUGAACAAAAACUUCCUGUUUAAAGUGAAAGCCAAGGACAAGGGUAAUCCCCCGCUCUCAUCCGAGGUAGCUGUUGAAAUAGUAGUGACAGAAGAAAAUUACCACACACCCGAGUUUUCCCAGAGCCGCAUGAGCGUUACUAUCCCGGAGAGCUACUCUGUUGGAGCCGUGGUCAGGACGAUUUCAGCACGGGACAGAGAUGCUGCCAUGAACGGAUUAAUCAGCUACAAUAUUUCCUCUGGAAAUGAAGCUGGAGUCUUUGCUAUUAAUACCACCACUGGUACACUGACACUAGCCAAACCACUUGAUUUUGAGUUAUACCAAAAGCACGAGCUGGUCGUCACUGCCACGGAUGGAGGAUGGGUGUCCCAAACAGGCUACUGCAGUGUCACUGUUAAUGUCAUUGAUGUCAAUGACAACUCCCCAGCAUUCAGCCCUGAGGAGUAUUUUCCCACCGUGCUAGAAAAUGCCCCCAGUGGGACAACUGUUAUUUGUUUAAAUGCCACUGAUGCUGACUCUGGGUCUAACGCUGUGAUUGCGUAUGCCAUCCAGUCCUCAGACAGUGACCUCUUUGUCAUCGACCCCAACACGGGAACCAUCACCACCCAGGGAUUUCUAGACUAUGAAACGAAGCAGAGUUACCAUCUAACAGUAAAGGCUUUUAAUGUUCCAGAUGAAGAGAGGUGCAGCUUUGCUACUGUCAACAUCCAAUUAGAAGGGACAAAUGAAUACGUGCCUCGUUUUGUGUCCAAGCUUUAUUAUUUUGAGGUUUCAGAGGCAGCCCCCAAAGGUACUGUUGUAGGUGAAGUUUUUGCAAGUGAUCGUGAUAUGGGCAUUGAUGGAGAAGUCCACUACCUCAUCUUUGGCAGCAGCAGAAAGAAGGGCUUCCAGGUGGAUGAGAAAAGCGGCCAGAUCUACGUUUCAGGACCUCUUGACAGAGAAAAAGAAGAACGAAUCUCUUUGAAAGUCCUUGCAAAAAAUUUGGGGAGCAUUCGUGGUGCAGAUAUAGAUGAAGUAACUGUUAAUAUCACAAUCCUGGAUGCCAACGAUCCUCCCGUUUUUACCUCGGGAGCCUACAAUAUACGGAUCAGCGAGGGUGUUCCUCCAGGCACCCAUGUCACAUUUGUCAGUGCCUUUGAUUCAGAUUCUGUCCCUAGCUGGAGCAGGUUUUCCUAUUUUGUCGGGUCUGGCAAUGAGAACAGCGCCUUUUCCAUCAACCCACAGACGGGACAGGUGACGGUCACUGCAGAGCUGGAUCGAGAAACGCUGCCUGUCUACAACCUCUCUGUGCUGGCCAUUGAUUCGGGAACGCCAUCCGCGACAGGAAGUGCCUCUCUGGUGGUAACUUUGGAAGACAUCAACGACAACGGGCCUACCUUGUCCACCAGCCAAGGAGAAGUCCUGGAGAACAACCGCGCAGGAACGCUGGUGAUGACGCUGCAGUCGUCGGAUCCCGAUCUCCCUCCCAACCAAGGCCCUUUCACAUAUUACUUGCUCAGCACGGGCCCUGCCACCAGCUACUUCAGCCUCAGCACUGCUGGAGUCCUGACAACGACAAGGGAGAUUGACAGGGAGCAAAUCAGCGAUUUCUACCUCUCGGUGAUUACCAGAGACUCUGGCAUUCCUCAGAUGUCUUCCACAGGAACUGUGCAGAUCAAGGUAAUAGACCAAAACGACAACCCGUCGCAGCCCAGAACAGUAGAAAUCUUUGUUCAUUAUUAUGGCAACCUCUUCCCAGGUGGAAUUUUGGGCAACGUAAAGCCGCAGGAUCCAGAUGUGCUGGACAGCUUCCAGUGCUCCCUCACCUCAGGAGUCACCAGCCUUUUCAGCAUUCCCGGGGGCACCUGUGAGCUGCACUCGCAGGCGAGGUCCACAGAUGGCACGUUUGACCUGGGUGUCCUCAGCAACGAUGGGCUGCACGGAGCUGUCACCAGCAGCGUCCGCGUCUUCUUUGCGGGCUUCAGCAACGCCACCAUCGACAACAGCGUCCUGCUCCGCCUCAGCGCCCACAGCGUGCGCGACUUCCUCACCAACCACUACCUGCCCUUCCUGCGCAUCGCCAGCUCCCAGCUGACGGGGCUGGGCACGGCCAUCCAGCUCUACGGCCUCUCUGAGGACAGCAACCACACCUUCCUGAUGGCGGCCGUCAAGCGCGGCAACAACCAGUACGUGAGCCCCAGCGGCGUGGCCACCUUCUUCGAGAGCAUCAGGGACGUGCUCUUCCGCCAGAGCGGCGUGCGCGUCGAGGCCGUGGACCACGACUGGUGCCUGCAGAGCCCCUGCCAGAACGGGGGGAGCUGCCUGAGGAGGCUGGCAGUGAGCCCCGCCCUGAGGACCCACGAGAGCGUCCCCGUCAUCGUGGUAGCCAACGAGCCGCUGCGGCCCUUCGUGUGCCGGUGCCUGCCGGGCUACGAGGGGAGCCUGUGCGAGAGCGACAUCGACGAGUGCCUCCCGUCACCCUGCCACAACGAUGGCACCUGCCACAACCUGGUGGGGGGCUUCUCCUGCAGCUGCCCCGAGGGCUUCACCGGCAUGGCCUGCGAGAGGGACGUCAACGAGUGCCUUUCCAACCCCUGCAAAAACGGUGCUGCCUGCCAGAACUUCCCAGGAAGCUUCAACUGCGUUUGUAAAACCGGGUACACAGGGAAAACGUGUGACUCCACUGUCAACUACUGUGAGUGCAACCCCUGUUUCAAUGGUGGGUCCUGCCAAAGUGGGCUGGAGGGGUAUUUCUGCCACUGUCCCUUUGGUGUUUUUGGGAAUCACUGCGAGCUCAACAGUUACGGGUUUGAGGAGCUGUCCUACAUGGAGUUCCCCAGCCUGGAUCCCAACAACAACUACAUCUACAUAAAGUUUGCCACCAUCAAGGGCAGCGCCUUGCUGCUGUACAACCACGACAACCAGACGGGGGAGCGGGCGGAGUUCCUGGCGCUGGAGAUCGCGGACGGCCGGCUCAGGUUCUCCUACAACCUGGGCGGCGGCACCUACAGGCUCACCACGGCCAAGAAGGUGUCUGACGGACACUUCCACACCGCCAUCGCACGCAGGGCUGGAAUGGCAGCAUCCCUGACGGUGGAUUCCUGCUCUGAGGACCAGGAGCCAGGCUACUGCACUGUAAGCAACGUUGCUGUUUCCACAGACUGGACUCUCGAUGUACAACCAAAUCGAGUUACUGUUGGUGGCAUCAGGUCCAUAGAGCCCAUCCUUCAGAGGAGAGGACAGGUGGAAAGCCAUGAUUUUGUGGGCUGCAUAAUGGAGUUUGCAGUCAAUGGACGUCCCCUGGAGCCCAGCCAGGCUUUGGCAGCCCAAGGAAUCCUAGAUCAGUGUCCCAGGCUGGAAGGAGCUUGCACGACCAGCCCCUGCCAGCACGGUGGCACUUGUGUCGAUCAGUGGUCGUGGCAGCAGUGUCUCUGCAAGGAUGGACUUACAGGAAGGCACUGUGAAAAAUAUAUCACAGCUGACACAGCCCUGUCCCUGGAAGGCAAGGGCCGGCUCGACUACCACAUGAGCCCCAACAAGAAGCGGGACUACCUGCUGAGGCUGGGGGCUGGCGGCCGGCCGGGCGUGGAGCGCCUGGAGGUGAAGUUCAUGACGAGGAGCGAGAGCGGCAUCCUGCUCCACGUCCAGGAGAGCAGCAACUUCACCACCCUGAAGAUCAAAGGUGGGAAGGUGCACUACAUAUCUGAUGCUGGAGUUGCUGGCAAGGUGGAGAGGAACAUCCCUGAGGUGUAUGCUGCAGAUGGCCAGUGGCACUCGGUGCUCCUGGAGAAGAACGGCUCUGCCACCACCCUGUCGGUGGACAGGACCCACAGCCGGGACAUCCUCCAUGCCACUCAGGACUUUGGUGGCCUCAACAUCCUCACCAUUUCUCUGGGAGGAAUUCCGUCCAGCCAGCCUUUCAAGAGCACAGCUGCAGGCUUCAGUGGCUGCAUUUCCUACAUCAAGUACGGCGGGGAGACCCUUCCCUUCUCCGGCAAGCACAACCUGGCCACGCUCUCCAGAACAGACCCCUCGGUGAAGACGGGCUGCCGCGGCCCCGACGUGUGCGCCAGCAAUCCCUGCUGGGGCGAGCUGAUGUGCAUCAACCGCUGGUUCGCCUACCAGUGCGUGCCGCCGGGCGCCUGUGCCUCCAGCCCCUGCCUCAACGGGGGCAGCUGUGAGCCGGGCCGCCAGGCCGGCUUCACCUGCAGCUGCCCCGAGGCCUACGCGGGACGGACGUGCGAGACCGUGGUGGCCUGCCUGGGCGUGCUGUGCGCCCCCGGCCACGAGUGCAGGGCGGGUGUCAACGGUGGCCACGUGUGCCUGCCGUCCCCACACCCUGCGGAACUGUCCCUGCCGCUCUGGGCCGUGCCGGCCAUCGUGGGCAGCUGCGCCACCGUCCUGGCGCUGCUGGUGCUCAGCCUCAUCCUCUGCAACCAGUGCCGGGGCAAGAAGUCAAAGGGGCCCAAAGAGGAGAAGAAAACGAAGCAGAAGAAGAAGAAGAAAGGGAGCGAGAACGUGGCGUUCGAUGACCCUGACAACAUCCCGCCCUACGGUGAUGACAUGACCGUCAGGAAGCAGCCCGAGGGGAACCCAAAACCCGACAUCAUCGAAAGGGAAAACCCUUAUCUCAUCUACGACGAGACGGACAUCCCGCACGCCACGGAGACCAUCCCCAGCGCCCCGCUGGCCUCCCCCGAGCCCGAGAUCGAGCACUACGACAUCGACAACGCCAGCAGCAUCGCCCCUUCCGACGCCGACAUCAUCCAGCACUACAAGCAGUUCCGCAGCCACACACCCAAGUUCUCCAUCCAGAGGCACAGCCCGCUGGGCUUCGCCCGGCAGUCCCCCAUGCCCCUGGGAGCCAGCAGCCUGACCUACCAGCCCGCCUACGGGCAGGGCUUGAGGACAACAUCCCUGAGCCACUCGGCGUGCCCCACUCCCAACCCGCUGUCUCGGCACAGCCCCGCACCCUUCUCCAAAUCCUCGACGUUCUACAGGCACAGCCCAGCCAGGGAGCUGCACCUCGCCAUCAGGGAAGGGAGCCCGCUGGAGAUGCAUGGCGACGUCUGCCAGCCCGGCAUCUUCAACUACGCCACUCGGCUGGGCAGAAGAAGCAAGAGCCCCCAGACCAUGGCGGGCCACAGCUCCCGCCCGGGAAGCCGCCUGAAGCAGCCCAUCGCGCAGAUCCCGCUGGAGACGUCUCCCCCGGUGGGGCUGUCCAUCGAAGAGGUGGAGAGACUGAACACCCCCCGCCCCAGGAACCCCAGCAUCUGCAGCGCGGACCACGGCCGCUCCUCUUCCGAGGAGGACUGCAGGAGGCCUCUGUCCCGCACCAGGAACCCGGCCGACGGCAUUCCCGCGCCCGAGUCCUCCUCUGACAGCGACUCGCACGAGUCCUUCACCUGCUCCGAGAUGGAGUACGACCGCGACAAGCCCGUGGCCUACACCUCCAGGAUGCCCAAGUUGUCGCAGGUGAACGAGUCGGACGCGGACGACGAGGACAACUACGGCUCGAGGCUGAAGCCGCGGCGGUACCCGGGGCGGCGCGGCGAGGGCGGGCCCGUGGGCGCACAGGCGGCGGGCGCCGCGCCCGGGGACAGCUCCCUGCCCGGCAAGCUGGGCCAGCCCGCGGCAAGCUUCAACUGGGACAGCCUCUUGAACUGGGGCCCGGGCUUUGGGCAUUACGUGGAUGUUUUCAAAGAUUUGGCAUCGCUUCCUGAAAAAACAGCAGCAGCAGCAGCAGUGAGUGAGGAGAGCAAGGGUGGUACGGCCAAGGCUGUUUCCAAGGAGGGGGAAGCAGAACAGUAUGUAUAGGCUUUGUCCCCUGGUACUGCCACAGUGCAAAGCCACGGGGACUGCUCAAACCGUUAUAUGGUUGUAGAAAAGCCAAGGUCAGCAUCUGAUCCCCAGGCCAGUCUGGUUGGAGGAGACUUUAAAAAUAAUAACCAUUAUGCUGCUGAAAGAGAGACUUGAGACAUUUUUAAUUUAAUUAUGCUUGGAUGAAUUUAUUUCUCCUGCAUGCAUUGUAUUUGCAAACCAGAUAUUCGGCAUGCAGCCUUUGGAAAGGGUUUUCCUAUUUACCAUUGUUUGGUUCGUGGUUCUUAAAUUAAUAAUGCUUUGUUCUGAAAAUGAACUAAUUUUUUGUUUCAAUUGUGAAGGAUGUGCAUAUUGUCUCCAGCUACUAACAUGUUCUACGAUGCAAGAGUACUGAGGAUUCCAUUUUCCUUAAGAAGUGCAUGGAAGUAAGAUGGUGAAUGAAGGAACUACAGUAGUGAGGUGUCUCAGAAAAUGUAGUUACCAUAUCCUGCAGUUGCUCACAUGUGACUUUAUGGAAUAAAUCAGCUUGAAUA